AUGGUUGGGAAAGUUACUGUGGGUAUUGCGAUUGCGUUUGUUUCGAUUUAUGUGCUUUAUGCUUCUCUCGUGGCUGCGAAUGAGAUUUUGAGGAAACAUUCGAGGAGGUUGAAGCUGGAUUAUGUUACGCAUUUGCUACCGAUGCACGGAAGUGUGUUCUCGCCAAGUGUUGAAGAGGAUACUCCUAUGUACAGUCCGUUGUUAGAAUUAGACACCGAGGAAGGUCCACCGAGGUUGCAUGAUUCUCUACCACAGUGGAUGUGGGCUACAAAUGUCGCUAUCUAUUCGAAUCAUUUCGCUAAAGCUGGUGGAAUGAUGAAGAAAGGCCUCCAUGGGGAUGGACUGAAGAUGGUGGAGAAGUUGAAAGUUCGUUAUGUUCUAAAGUUACAUCUUUGUUGGAAACUCCACUGA